CUGCCAGUUUACUCAUAACCAGGAAGUGGCAACUGUUUCUGUUUGUAGCUAGCACGAGUUCAAAUGUUUGCCAGUUGGAGCUAGCUGGAGUUAAAUCAAAGAAAUAUGAACGAAACACAAAAUGGUGCGGUCUCCGACGCCAUCACGGUGCACAAUUUCUCGGAGAGGAUUUUGGAGCAGGUCAUACACUUUCACGUGAUGAAGCUGAGCGGCGGGUUCUUCCUGUGGGUCGGUUCGAGUCCGGUCCUGUCCAACAUGGCGGUGUCAAUGAGCAGCAAAUAUGAUUCAAUGCCUUUAUCUACAUUAAUCAUGGGGGACCCAUCCAAUACUGCUCCUAAUUCCUUGGCACAGAGAUUAGCAAAGAAGACCCAAAAGCAAGUAUAUGUGAGUUACAGUCUUCCAAUGACAGACUCCAACAUCAGUCUUUUGGUGGAGAACAGGAUCAAAAAAGAGCUGGAGCUUCACCCUGAACACUUCUGAACAUAUUCAUUUUUUAAAACUGUGUUUUGUGUAGAACUGAGGACACACAGGACACACAGGAAGAAGGUCAACAUAAAGUAGCAGGGCACUCUUCUUUGGAAUUAAGUACUCCUUCCAGAUACUGCAAUUGCACUCCAGCACAAUAACCACAAACAGUCACAUCAAGUGUUCUUUUAUUGACAUAAUAAAUUAAGUGGUUUAUUAUCAAAA